CGCCAUUUGACCCCGGAAGUGUUGGCUGUGUGUAAGCUGUCACCGUGUACGGCGGCUGCUCGUCGCGGGUGUGGAGCCGGGAGGAGGGUCACACUGCACAAUGCCAGCUCUGCCCCUGGAGCAACUCCAGAUCACGCACAAAGACCCGAAGACAGGAAAGCCAAGGACUUCGCCAGCGCUGCACCCUGAGCAGAAGGCAGACCGGUAUUUUGUGUUAUACAAACCGCCCCCUAAAGACAACAUUCCCGCCCUAGUGGAGGAGUACCUGGAACGCGCCACCUUCGUAGCCAAUGACCUCGACUGGCUCCUGGCCUUGCCUCACGAUAAAUUCUGGUGCCAGGUUGUUUUUGAUGAGACCCUGCAGAAGUGCCUGGAUUCAUACCUGCGCUAUGUACCCCGAAAGUUUGAUGAAUGGGUGGCCCCUACCCCUGAGGUUGCUGACAUGCAGAAGCACCUACACCGCAGCAUUUUCCUCACCUUCCUUCGAAUGUCCACUCACAAGGAAUCCAAAGAUCACUUCAUUUCUCCAUCUGCAUUUGGAGAAAUCCUCUACAAUAACUUCCUCUUUGACAUCCCAAAGAUCCUGGACCUCUGUGUGCUCUUUGGAAAAGGCAACUCACCACUCCUCCAGAAAAUGAUAGGAAACAUAUUUAUCCAGCAGCCAAGUUAUUAUAAUGACCUGGAUGAAACCGUUCCCACCAUACUUCAGGUCUUCAGCAAUAUCCUCCAGCACUGUGGCUUGCAAGGGGAUGGGAGCAGCACCACACCCCAGAAACUCGGAGAGAAGGGUCGGUUGACUCCUAGUGACAUGCCUCUCUUGGAAUUAAAGGACAUUGUUCUCUACCUAUGUGACACCUGCACCACACUCUGGGCCUUUCUGGACAUCUUCCCUUUGGCCUGUCAGACCUUCCAGAAACAUGACUUUUGUUACAGACUAGCUUCCUUUUAUGAGACGGCAAUCCCUGAAAUGGAGUCUGCAAUUAAGAAGAGGAGGCUUGAAGACAGCAAGCUGCUAGGUGACAUGUGGCAGAGGCUCUCCCACUCCAAGAAAAAGCUGAUGGAGGUGUUUCACAUCAUCCUGAACCAGAUCUGCCUCCUUCCCAUUCUAGAGAGCAGCAAUGACAACAUUCAAGGCUUCAUUGAAGAAUUCCUCCAGAUCUUCAGCUCCGUGCUGCAGGAAAAGCGAUUCCUCCGGGACUAUGACUCAUUCUUCCCUGUAGCUGAAGACAUCAGCCUACUACAGCAGGCUUCCUCAGCCUUGGAUGAGACCCGGACUGCCUACAUCCUACAGGCUGUGGAAAGUGCAUGGGAAGGGGUGGACAGACAGAAAAUCAAGGACACUAAAGAGCCAUCACAGGCCAAGGAUCCUAAUAAUGGAAUCACGACAGCAGUGAAGCCAGUCAGUGAAAGGCCAUCACAGCUGGAGAACUCAGAGGAGGAUGAGGAGUGCAAGGGUGCAGCAGCUGCCCUGGGCCCGACCGUGUGUGGUGUGCAGCUAGACUCCCUCAUCUCCCAAGUGAAAGACCUGCUGCCAGACCUCGGGGAGGGCUUCAUCCUGGCCUGCCUGGAGCACUACAGCUAUGAUUCAGAGCAGGUGAUCAACAACAUCCUGGAGGACCGGCUGGCCCCGGAACUCAGCCAGCUGGACCGCAGCCUGAAAAGACAGGUGAAGCCGGAUCCCACACCCCUGCUGACAUCUCGUCACAACGUCUUCCAGAACGACGAGUUUGAUGUGUUCAGCAGGGACUCAGUGGACCUGAGCCGGGUGCACAAGGGCAGGAGGAAGGAGGAGAAUGUGAGGAGCCUGGUGAAUGACAAGCGGGCUGUGGCGGCGCAGAGGCUUCGCUACCAGCAGUACAGUGUGGUAAUGGAGGAGGUCCCAGUGCAGCCAGGAGAAUACCAGGUUGAUGACUACGAGGACGAGUAUGAUGACACAUACGAUGGCAACCAGGUGGGCGCCAACGAUGCAGACUCUGAUGAUGAGCUCAUCAGCCGCAGGCCCUUCACCAUCCCUCAGGUGCUGAGAACCAAAAUGCCUGGAGAAGGACCAGAGGAAGACUAUGACGAAGUGGAGGAGGUUGAAGAGGAGGCCCCCAAGCUGGACCAUUUCAUCCAGGAUCCUGCAGUGCUGAGGGAAAAGGCUGAAGCCAGGCGCCUGGCCUUCCUUGCCAGGAAGGGGUACCGGCCUGAGAAUUCCGCAGCAGUGACAGGCAGCCCCCGGGGCCACGGACAAACCCGAGAAACCACCCAGGAGCGCAGGAAGAAAGAAGCCAAAAAGGCAACCAGAGCCAACCACAACCGUAGAACCAUGGCUGACAGGAAGAGAAGCAAAGGCAUGAUCCCAUCCUGAGGACACAAAGAUGCCUGGGUGAGGGAGGCCCUCAAGGCCACCACCAUACCUCACCUGCCAGCCAGCCAUGAGCACCUUCUUGUCGAACACAAAGUGCCUUAUCCCUUGGUGCAGGAACCCAGUGCCAUCAAGUAGGCUCUCUCCCAACUGUGCUAGCGGGAAAAGAUGGGGAUGCAAAACCAAGGUGUCCUUUAUCUUGUGCAGCAAGAUACCACCUCACGGAAGUCCUGGAUGCAGCAGACCUGUAUAUUCAGAGACAGCAAAAGGCCCGUGAAUAAAGUUUCUGACCUUCUAACAA